AUGCCUGCUUCCGACUCCGAUACACCUCUCGCAACCAGUCAAACAGUUCCAGUCAAUGCUGACACUACCGCAUCGACCACGUCUGAUGGCCCACCCACCACUUCCCAAACUGUUGCCACCGAUUUCAAACCCGUCACCGUUCCCACCGAUUUCAAACCUGUCACCGUCGAUACCGCUUCUCAGAAACCUCCCCCGAUUUCUCGUUUCGAUGACACAGGCGGGGCGAAGGGCGGCGACUUUUUGAAGAUGGUUCAGAAGGAGAUGUUGAAGCUUUUCAAUCCGACUGCGGGACAGACCUUCGCCGUCCAGUUUCCAGGGCGUUUCCUCCAGGAGAGUCUGUAUGCCUGGGAUACCGAUGCUGCCGGGAUUUACGGCCAGUUCAGCAAGCCGACUGUCGUCAAUGAAAGCGAAUUUCGACUCGUUGACCAACUUUAUGAUGUCGGUCAGGUUGUUGGUGCGCCCAAUGGCUCAAAUCUUUCCAUCGUCUAUGAGCAGAUUAUCAACAACUUGGUUCCCGGUUUCAACGAUUCCCAGGCCAACUUGGCAAAGCAGCAGGACAGAAUUCGCAAGUGGCUUUUGAAGGAGGUUCCUGCCGCUCCUUGGGUCAAGGACCUUCUUGAGGAGCAGCAUAGUCGCAACGGGUCGUCGUCUACCAAUGACUCUGAUGGCUCAUUCGCCGUCUCAAACAAGCUUGACGACGGAAAAGUCAAUCGUAUGGAGCUCGCAGAGGCUCUCAUGGAGGAGUACCUGACGGCUAAGAGUGCCUGGGAGCUUGAACGCGACAAGAUGAUUAGGGAAACCAAGCCAGAAAAUAUGGAAGAUCUUACGCGCACACUUGCGCAUAUUACAGCCGUUCGCGAGGCUCAGCUGUCCGCAAAAUAUGCCGACGCCGUCGUGCUUGGCUACUCUCAUACCAUCCGUCAAUACCUCGGCUACAUGGAUAUCAAAAGUCCAGCUGAACUGUUGCAAGACGCCAAGGACUCUUUCCGUGAAUCUUCAGCUAGUUCCCUCGACGGCAGCAUGAAAGUCUAUCCUGUACAAAUGUCUCCCGUUGACUGGUACAGAAGUCUUUCCACCUCUUUCACCAUGGAAGAUCUUACCUCAGACCCCGACGCGAUCCAGCAGCAAAUUGAUUCUAAAUCUAAGCAAAUCGACGCUUUGCAAACGCGCUUGGCUUUCUUACAGGGUACGCCAAAGGCCGAUCUAGACGAGUUGAAGAAGAAACUCGAUUCGGCACAGAGCGCUAAGGCUCAGGCGGAAGCUGACCUCUCAUCUACAUACAAUACCAACGUCGUUUCCCUUGCGUUGACAUUCGUCAGCACUGCCGGCAUUUUUCUCAUGUCCGAGUUUGUGUCCGCAGCAACCACACUCAAUAUUGUAGCAAAGCUUUACGACGGGAUUGAGGGCGCGAUGAAGAAGACUGGAGAAGCCCAAGUUGCUGUCAUCAAUGCAAGUCGGGCCUAUACGACGCUACUUGCAGAGAUCGCUGCAGCUCAGGCUGCCGACAGUAACCUUGAAGAUAAACAGCUCACUUUGCAGAUCAACGCGCUGCAGAGAGACGUCACGGAGCUCACUACACGUCUUAAAUCUCUGCGCUUCGAUGCCUCCGGCGAUGUCAAGCCUCCCAAGGACACCAAUGACGUCAAAAAUGCGGAUGUUCCCAACUUUCCACCUGGGACUUCGGGUGGCAGUCGAUGGCAGGAGAUCAUUAUCAGCCACGAAACGUCGAAUAUGUUCCAAACGACAGACAAGUCUUCUUACGCUUAUUCAGAGGAUUCAGGACUAUCCUUCUGGUGGGGUGGAUAUUCUGAAUCUUCGUCGGAUUCCGGCGCGGACGACGCAAGCCAUCUCAAGCAGUCUAGCUUCAAAAUGGAGAUUGGUUUUCGCGCCACGAUGGUCACAGUCGAUCGAGGCGGAUGGUUCCAGCCCCAAUUCUUCAAACAGUCCGCUGGAUUUUAUCACAUUGAUAAGCGAAUCUCUUGGGGCAAGUGGCCUGAUUCAAUCAAAGGAGCUCAUGACCUCCAAAACGCGCCUGCCGAUGUUUGGGAUCAGCUCGAUGAAUAUUUGAUGCCAGCGUUUCCAACGGGUUACGUUAUGUGCAAGGAUAUCACCAUCAAGGUAGCAAUGGAUGAAACGACACAUGACAGCGAUAGCUCGUUUUUCCAAUCUCAGUCUGCGUCUGCUGGCGGAAUCCUUAUGUGGUCGACCUCGAGUUCGAGCAGUGAGAGCUCUUCCCACCAGAUGGUCUCUACGCAAGUGACGGCAGAUGGUUUAAUCAUCCGAAUUCCCGGUCCCCAGAUAAUGGGGUAUAUGUUUGAAAUCAUGCCCAACGAUCUGAGCGAUGACCUGCCUCAAACUAUUCCUGACAGUUUCUUCAUCCCUGAUGAUGACUAUGACUCAACCUUCAACAAAGGGUCAGCCGCAGUGGCACUCAACCACGCCCAGGCCGCUCAGGAGGCUGCAGUUGAGAAAGAGAAAUCUCAGCCCCCCAAGCCUGCCUCAGCUAGCGUUCUGCCACGACCCAAGGCAAGGACCUAA